AUGUUGAAGGCAACAGCACAUUUGUCAAGCUGUGUAUCGGUGAUCGGAAUUGCGACAUGUUUCUUCUACAUUCCAUAUCUGAUGGGACGCAUGGAAGAUAUCCGUGGUACAUUGGCUGUUAAAAUGGAUCUCUUUCGCGUAUUAGAGCAGGAAGUAUGGAGUGAAAUGAUAAUUACUCGUGAUAGCGUACCACACAGUCGCAAAGAACGUCAAGUGACACCAAUUUGCAACUGUGACACUGUUGACCGAUGCCCAGCAGGACCUCCUGGAAAACCCGGAACCCCAGGAACACCUGGAGUUCCGGGACAACCUGGCCAGCGAGGAGAACCAGGUUUACCAGGAAUUGUACCACCAAUGACCUUUCAGCCUGCGGUCAGUUGCAAACAAUGUCCACCAGGACCAAUCGGACAACCAGGUCCACAAGGACCAAUGGGACCACCCGGUGAGAAAGGACCACCAGGCAAUCCAGGACAAGAUGCCCGCCCAGGUAACAGCGGACCACAAGGACCUCCUGGACCUCCAGGUCUCCCAGGACAGGAUGGCAAGCCAGGUCAGCCAGGUCAACCAGGAAGUGAAGGAGUGGUUGGACGUAAGGGACCUCCUGGACCACCAGGUCCACCCGGACAAAUCGGACCGAAAGGUCAUCCAGGACCUCCCGGUAAUCCAGGACAACCGGGACAACCUGGUUAUGCAGGACAUCAGGGAGAACCUGGAAAUAUCGGUGCACCAGGUUUGCGUGGACCACCAGGAACUCCAGGAAUACCAGGAAGUCCAGGAAAGGAUGCAGCGUACUGUCCCUGUCCAAAAAGGGCAAUGUCCGUGCUUGUUAAAGCAGCUAAAACCAAAGUUUAA